UGCAAGGGGGAGAUUUCUUUGUAAGGGACUAUUUACAGGCACUGUCUCGUUCUUUUGCAGAAUUGCGCAGGAAGGGGUUACUCGCACAAACCCCACCUCUGGACUUCGCUCUCCACCGAACUCAGCCCGGUGACUGGGUCCUGAUUAAGACUUGGAAGCCAGAGAAGUUACAGCCGCAGUGGGAAGCCCCAUUCCAGGUGCUACUGACCACCGAAGCCGCAGUAAGGACAAAAGAAAAAGGGUGGACCCACGCCGCGAGAAUCAAGGGACCCGUAAAGCCCGAAGAAGGUGCAGAAUGGACUUGCGUCCAGGGAGAAGACCCGAUGGUGCUAAAGCUCAAAAGACGGACAGAAUGAACUUUGGGACUGUAAUGUAUAUACUGCUAUUGUUGAGAAGCGCUGAAGGGGGAUGUGAUAAGUGCAGGACGACGGUAAGGGUGGGCAUGACGGUUUUUCCAGGGUCCUUUGUAUCACACUCUCAUGUAAACGAGAAAUGUUAUGACUACAACAAAAAGGAGGAAUGCCUGGAAAACGGAAGGCGAUAUUAUCAAGUAAGAAAUAAGGGAUAUGUGUGGGGGUUUGGGGGCCAAGGAUUAGGGGUAUAUGGGAGUGUUACCACUUGUCCUCCCAAGGAUAAAUGGCUAUGCAUUAACAAGGGAGGACAGUGGGAUAUUCCCUCGAUAUUGGUAGACGAUUAUGUGGAUAAAGUUAAGGAAACUAUAAUCCAGAAUGAGAAAAAGAAAAUAGCUGAGGAAACUCAACACAGACAAAAAGCUGCAGUCUCCACAGACCCAUCGAUAUACCAAGAAAUAGAAAGGGAGAUUACGCGACCAGACGUAAAAGAAAACCUCUUUAUAGAUCUGGCAACUCGGGUAGCAGGCAGUCUAAAUAUUAGCAACUGUUGGGUCUGUGGAGGGCCACACAUGAGUGAACAAUGGCCUUGGCGGGGUGAAAGCCUAAAUACAUGGGAAUUAAUUCAGCGGAACUGGACGGUGGUUAAGGAUAGAAGGAAGCAGGGGUGGGAACUAACGAAUCUCCCCGAAGGACAAAUAUGUGUUGCGCGGGACGGGGAAAUAAAAGUAGGAAAAAGCCCCUGUCAGAGCAUUAAGUAUAAAGAGCAGAGCGGAAACAUUACCUGGUGGCCAGAGGAACCGAAAUGGUAUAUUACCAUAGAACCAAAAGGAAACUGUACGCCCCUCGGGAAUACCCCCGAAGUAUGGAAUUGUACUGGAACGGACCCAUACCACGGAAUUCCCGGGGUGAGCGAGGUUUGGGACAAAGGACAGCGUGUUGCCCCAGAGGGAUUGUUUUGGAUUUGCGGAGGUAGGGCAUACACACGCCUGUUGCCCAACUGGGGGGAGUGUGUUUCCUGGGAAUUAUCCGGCCUGAAUUCUUCCUGUUGCCCGAGGAGGAUGACAAAGCAUUGGGGGUAAAGGUAUUUGAUUCCCUACGAAGAAGUAGGCGAGAGUUGCAGGUUGGAGACUGGGGAGAUAGCUGGCCACCCGCCCGGAUUAUUGAGUAUUAUGGACCAGCGACCUGGGCUCAGGAUGGGUCUUGGGGAUAUAGGACGCCCAUAUACAUGCUAAACCGAAUAAUCAGACUACAGGCGGUGGUAGAAGUAAUUACAAAUCAGACUGCAUUGGCCCUGGAAC